CGAAUGAAUGUACACAGUAGAAGUGAUAUAUCUUCACGAUUCCUAAGUUCUGCAUGUUGUUGGUAAAAACCGUCACUGAAUCCGUUACAGCUGAAGCGACAAGAAUUCACACGUCACGAUGAUUGCCUCAGCAGGUGUUCUUACGCCAGAAGUUUUAAGUCAGUUACGUGCCAAAUUUUAUGAAGAUAGUCGCAAUAGCUUGGCACAAAAUGUAUGCACACGAGCAAAUCUUAUAGAAGCUUGUGUUUCACGAAAAGUUUUAGAAGAGUCACAACAUGUUUUCACUCAUAAGAUUGAAACAGAAGGGAAGCCUUUGACAAAUCAAAAACGUUCUGGACGAUGCUGGUUGUUUUCUAUUUUAAAUGUUAUAAGACCAGCCUUUAUGAAGCAACACAAUUUGGAUGAGUUUGAAUUUAGCCAAGCCUAUUUGUUUUUUUGGGAUAAGGUUGAACGAUGUAAUUAUUUUCUGCACAAUAUCAUAAAGACUGCUAGGCAAGGUGAACCUGUGGAUGGUCGCUUAGUAUCAUUCUUAUUGAAUGAUCCAGUUUGUGAUGGAGGUCAAUGGGACAUGAUUGUUAACCUUAUAAACCGACAUGGUCUUGUUCCUAAAGUCUGCUUUCCUGAAUCAUACAACUGUGAAUUUAGUUUCAAUAUGAAUAGUAUCUUGAAAAGUAAACUGAGAGAGUACUCCAAAGUACUCAGAGAUAUGGUAUCUAAUUGGGCAACGGAUGAAGAAUUAAAAAAUAAAAUUCUAGAACAAAUGGUUGUAAUUUAUCGAAUAAUUGGUAUUUGUUUAGGCAUUCCUUCAGAAACAAUCACUUGGGAAUACUAUGAUAAAUCAAAGAAUUACAAUUGUAUCGGACCAAUUACACCAGUGGAGUUUUAUGAGAAAUAUGUGAAACCAUAUUAUAAUGUAAAUGAUAAGAUUUGUUUAGUAACAGAUCCAAGGCCAUCCAACAUAUAUGGAAAACUUUAUACAAUAGAUUGUUUGGGUAAUAUAGUGGGUGGAAGACCAACGUUAUACAAUAAUCAGCCACCUGAAUUAUUAAUGAAAUUAUGUGCAGAAAGUAUAAAGAAAAAUGAACCUGUAUGGUUCGGAUGUGAUGUAAACAAACGGUUAAUAGGCAAACAAGGUAUUCAAGACAUGAGGGCGUAUGAUUAUAAAUUGAUGUUUGGAACAGAUAUACAAGUCAACCUUACAAAAGCAGAUAGAUUGCUUUAUGGAGAUUCUAUGAUGGUUCAUGCAAUGGCGUUUACGGCAGUUGCAAUUGAUAAUGAAGGCAAAAUUAAAAAGUUCCGGGUAGAAAAUUCUUGGGGGGACGAUCAAGGACAGAAAGGAUAUCUAUUAUUAACAGCUGAGUGGUUUUCUGAAUUUGUCUUUGAAGCAGUCAUUGAUAAAAAAUUAGUACCUGCAGAUGUAUUAGCAGUGUUUGAACAAGAACCUAUUGUCUUACCUGCAUGGGAUCCUAUGGGUACUCUUGCUCAUUGA